AUGAUAGGAUUAAAACGAAUGCAUGAAAAAAUUGAACGUGGCAUUCAAGCAGCACUCAGUGUGAAACGAAUCGAAAUGGAACGACGCAUUGUCAAAAGUGUUAUUAUGACAACACUCGGCUUCCUCAUCACUUGGACACCGUAUACAAUUGCAUUUUUCUUAGCGGCAUUUCGUGGCAAAGGCUACGGAACACCACCAGCGAUUGCAUUUCUUUGUGCUUGUUUUGCCAAAACGUCGGUGGUUUGGAUUCCAAUCAUUUAUGCCGGUACAUCGACACAAUUUCAAUGGAGUUUUGUUAAGCUCGGUGCAUUGGAAGGUCUAGAUCCAACCAAUCGUGUGGGACCAGGGUAUACGUUAACCAACAUGGAUCAAGGAGCGACGAAUGCGCGUGAAACUGUCAAACAUGGAAAUCAAGUCGCCAUCCAUUAA